UCGAGCGCGUCCAUUUUAGUUUUGGGAACCAAACUCGAACUCUAACGCGGUUCUUUUGUCUCCCGCAUGCCUGAUUCGGUGUAGUCCAGGUCAGAAACGCUCCUUACAGGGGUUCCAAAUCUUCGAAACUGCUAAACAUGGUAAAAGAGAUGAUAGGUGGUUGUUGCGUUUGUUCGGACGAAAGAGGAUGGGAUGAGAACCCACUGGUGUACUGUGACGGCCAUGGCUGCAAUGUUGCCGUUCAUCAGGCAUGUUAUGGCAUCGUGCAAGUUCCUAAAGGACCGUGGUUUUGUAGGAAAUGCGAAUCGCAGGAAAGAAUCGCUCGAGUGAAAUGUGAGUUGUGUCCAUAUAAAGAAGGUGCUCUUAAAAGAACAGAUACUGGAGGCUGGGCUCAUGUUGUCUGUGCUCUCUACAUUCCUGAAGUGAGAUUUGGAAAUGUUUCCACCAUGGAACCAAUCAUUUUGGCAUCUGUUCCUCAUGAUCGCUUCUGCAAGACAUGUUACAUUUGUGAAGAGAGAGGAAGAGAAAGUAAAACAGCUCAUGGAGCUUGUAUGAGCUGUAACAGGACAGGAUGCAGACACGCUUUUCAUGUCACUUGUGCACAGAGUUCUGGAUUGCUGUGCGAGGAAAAUGAUGGCCAGUCAGGCCCUACAGUCAAGUAUGUUGGUUACUGCCAGUUCCACUGGAACAAAAGGGCUAAAGGUGUUCUGUUCAACAGUAAACCUGCAGAAAAAACGAUCAAGAUUCAAGAAAAGGACAAAGAUAUCAAGGAAAAAGAUACAAAGAGCAAAGAAAAUAAGGACAGAGACAGCAUGGAAAAACCAAAGAUUGACAAAGAAAAAGAAAAAGAAAAGAAAACUCCAAAACCAAGGUUGUCCACUGGUCCCACUGCUACAUCUACUGAACAAUCACCAAAGCCAGACAGCAAUGCCACCACCAGUUCGUCAAGUCAGCCUUCCACUCCUAAACAAAGAGGAAGAAAACCGUCUACUGUUAAGACACCUACAGAGUCACCCAGUAAUUCUAAGACAACUAUAGAGACACAGAAACCACUAAACAGUAUAACUGCCAAUAGUCCUAUCCAGUUGCCAGUGCCUGGAGUUGUACCACUGCCGACUCUGCCUGUUCAGAGUGGUACCUCCAGCAUUGCAGUGGCUGCCACUAAGGACCCUAUCCUAAGACCGGUGGGAGUUCUUGGCCCAGAGAUGCUGCCCAAAUCUGUAUCUUCUCAGUUGCAGGACAUUCCACAACCUUCUACCAGUGUACUAGUACCUGAGAUAGCAAAACAAAUGGACACAGAUAUACCAAAAGAAGCAAUUGUGCCUAAACAAACAAUCAAACAGACUGUGGUGGGUAAUACUCAGGCUAAGAAACGGGCUGCACCCAAGAGUGGAGAUGAACCCAAGAGAAAAGUUGGUAGGCCUCCCUUAAAGAAAAAACCGAACACGUCCUCAGUAAGUCGCAAAAAUGGAACGCCAGUUUCUUCCUCGAAUACAGUGACAUCGCCUUUAAAUACAGCAUUUCCAUCAACGUUUCCUCAGGACAACCUCGGGGCGUCAGCAUCUGCUCCAUCGUUGCCAACCUUUUCUAAUCAGAAUGUGCUUCCGAGCAACACCCAGGGAGCAAGUGUACGUCAGAAUGGUCCAAGGAUUCCAAGUCCGAACACAUACACGAUCCCACAACCACGAAACAGAGGACUUCUGGAGAACGGCCAUGUACAACGGCCACCAAACAAUAAUGUGAAUCAAGGACCUUUACAACUCCCAACAAGCUUAGAAGAACUUCUGGAAUAUCAGUGGGAACAGGGAGCCCAGUUUCUCAUGCAGCAAGCGUCACAGUAUGAUGUUGCGUCUCUGAUGUCCAGCCUGCAUCAGCUUAAAGCCGACAAUUCACGCCUCGAAGAACGUCUGUCGACCCUGACAAACCGGAAAAACCAGUUAUUACAAGUUAAUGCCCGGCUGGCCACUCCCAUGUCUUGCACAAACACAAGCUCUUCGGUCACGCCAUCUAACGCGAAGCAACCUGCUGUGAGUGGUCCUGGCGUGACAACUGUAACGCAAGGUGCCUUGUCCACUGAUACCAAAACCACACCGAGCAAUUAUGGUCCGCGAGGGUCCGUAAGUGCUGGCUCAGAUGGGGCACCCAAAAUGGAUGUCUCUCCGGGCACUAAGGAUGGUAAGGUCCCUCUGAGUUCUAGUGUUAAACCAGUGAAUGGCAGCGUUGGAGAGAAGGAAAUACCCAAAAUAUCAAAUGGGGAUUUGAAAGGUGGAAAGAACAAAGAACAGCAAAAGAAAGGUCCAGAGACAAAUUUGAACAUUGCGCUAAGUACGUCUUCGUCCUCGCCGUCCUUUCAGAAGCAGCCGGUGAAGGCAAGCAGUUUGCUUGUCCCGACGGCGGUAAAAACAGCACUGCCUCCUCAAACACUUUUAGCUCAGCAGGAAAAAGAAAAGCAGCAGAAACAAGCGCAGGUGAAUUUGAUGUCACAGGUUAUUGCACCUGUUCAUCCUACCUCAAAAACAACACAACAGGUACAACAACAACAACAACAGCAACAGCAGUUGCAGUCGCGUUUUCAACCUCAGCAAAAAAUUAUUCUUCCUCAGCCAUUAUCUACGAGUCAGGCGUUUGCAGCGCCAUCGUUUCCUCAGACACAGCAGACAGCCAACCAAAAAGUGCUCUUGCAACUGAUCCAACAGGGAGAUGAUAUGCAUCGCUUGUCCAGCCAGAAUGCCGCCUUCAGUCACGAUAAAACACAGCUGGUAUCACAGCAGGUUCAGGCCCAGAAGCUGUUGCCAGGCACAGUACCUGCUCAGCAGUUCGCGACUCAGUCGCUCUCGCUUCCCAGCUACCCAGGUUUUUUGACAUUCAGUGAUCCAAGGACCGGGGCUCGUGUGGAUAUGAUGAAGACCACGCAUUUGGCCCCUCUUCCGAUGGUCUCGUUGGACAACAAUCAGACAGGCCCUAAGGAGCGUUCUCAGUAUUUCGACAUGGAUAAAGGUUCCAACGCUGACAAGACUUCCAGAAACGGAUAACGUCAUGAUUACCUGAUCUCCCUGGUAGGUUAGCAGGCGCAUCAACACCUGACUGAAGAGAAGACCGUCUUUCUCAAGGACAGCGGAAAUCGAAUUUAAAUCGUUAAGUUAAAUUGUGUAUCUACAUGCGUGGAAAGUGAGUCAUUCAAGUGGGCCUCACUUCCACAUCUCCUGCCUAUAUCAAGGCUUGACACGCCGUUCAAGGCUGCUUUGGCGUAUCAAGAACUUCAGUAAUGUUCGAAAAUAUCAGACAGAAAUGGAAACGAAUUUUCAUGGAGCCAAAACUGGGAGGACAGCGAGUGGUUACUAGGCCAGCCACCCGUUACUAGCAAUUGUGGAUGAUCAAAUGAAGAGACCGACCACCCAUUAAGGCUUUGUUCUAUAGUCAAUCCUCUAAGUUUCUCCUGGAGUCAAGGCAUCUGGUCUAAAAAUAAUUUUACGUACUCCCUUUCCCCUUCCCGAUUUUAGCUUUAUUGUUCCAUUAGACGCCGCAGGGCGUUCAUGAAAGCAAUAUCCUCAAUACGGUCCGCCUCUAGGUGUCUCAACGAGAUCGUGCAUCAGAGAGAGAACCUUUUUAAAAUAAUUAUACAUCCGUUGUAGCGAAUGCAGUGGCACGUUUUGCAAAUCGUUUGUAUAAAGUUUUUACGUAGCUUUUAGACUUUCAACUGCAUAUGGCUUGCAGCCUUACUCUCGAUUUGUUUUAUUUUCAUUAUUAUUUAUAUUAAUAUGCGAGAGUGCUCUUUUAGUUAGCUGCUAGCGCAUACUUUCCCUUCCUUUCUCUCAAGGGUGGGUCAUUGUUAGCAACUAAAAUUGUCCAGAGAUAGAGAUAAAACGAAACGCAGUGUAAUCUUAGAAGCAGUGCUCGUUUAAAGUUGUUUAAAGAGAUGCGCGUUUUUUGUUUUGGAUGCGCUUGAUUAUUUAACACAUAAUUAUUCCAAAAACGUAGAUGUUGCAAAAUUCGUAAAUUGCCAUUGAUUGGCUUGGAAAGUUUUGAUUCGUUAGCGGCUUUCUGUGGUGCAGAGACGGAUUUCAGAGAGUUAUAUUAUGCGACGAGGUGUACAUUUGCUUAAUGUGUAAAGCUGAUGAUAAAUAUUUCAUCGUGACUCUUCUUGUA